CCCCCUGUUGCUGUUGAUCGUUCCUGGCUCCAGCUGACCCACCAUGGCCACGUCGCCCGUCAAAGAUUUCCUUGUAACUUACUUAAUGCCACAAAAAUGCUACGAGGAGUUUUUCCUGAACUUUCACUUGCACGUGCCAUGCCUAAAGUUCGUACUAAACAAAGCCGCCGGAUUUUGGAUCAUACUGGACACAUUUCUGGCACAACUGCCUCAGUUAAUGAAGAUAUUAUGGGGAGGAAGUGCAGAAGGUCUGAGUCUUACCGCCUUCCUUUUGCAGCUUUAUGCUUUCUCAUGUCCUGUUGUGUAUGCUAUGGCCAACAACUUCCCACUUUUUGCCUGGGCUGAUAGGCUCUUCACGCUGGCCCCAACAGCAGCGAUUGUCUUCCUCAUCCUGCAUUAUCGCGGUGAUACCAUCCAAGGAAUCCUGCUCCUCUUUUCCUUCAGUGGUAUAAUGCUCCUCCUGCGCUCCUAUGCAGCUGCAGCAGUCAUCUCAGCGAUACAGGCCUCCAGUUUGGCAGCUUUAAUUGCAAGCAAGGCUCUCCAGCUGGCAACAAACUACCGCAAUGGCCACACAGGUCAACUAUCCAUUCUAUCAGUGAUACUGUCAUUUGCAGGGUCUCUGGCUGUGGCCUUUGUUUCUUUACAGGAAGCUGGAAACUAUCCUGUGAGUUUGUCACAUAUACUGUCAGCCUGUCUCAGCUGUGUCCUCCUGGCUCAGGUCCUCUCCUCCAAGACCAGCACUAUCAGCACUACGAAGAAGACAGAGUAGAGGGAGAAGGAUGGUGAUGCUGCCUGUUCUGUCAUGCAAACAUUUUGUGAUAUCUUCUUUAGGUUCCUUUGUAUCAAGAGAAUAAAAAGUGUUUUGUUGCCCUCUGGGGAUUUAAAUGAAAUGACUUUAUUCUUAGAGAAACGUGUUUUAGUGUGUCAGCAACUAUCGAAUAAGACGCUCAGGUCUUGAUUGUAUUUGAAUUCUUCUGGCUGCUCCGUGUUUGCCUGUCCAGCCAUUUCAAAUUUAAGUGAACAUCAGCUUUAAUGACAGGUUAGGCAAAGCAAACUUAACUGAGUUAAUUAUAAAUUAUAAGCUAUAAAUGUGCAGUCAUGCAUCAGACUGGAACAUAUACAGAAGCUUUCGUCAGAAUAUAACUUAUUAGUUCCUCCUGUGAGGUUAAAGUAAAGUUCCACUAAUGACGCGUCAAAGUCACAGAUUUUCUGUUUCUUCCUUCUUUUUUUUUUUUUUCAAAUGGAAAUGUGGAACUUUUGUGAUAGCCUUUGGUCUUCCUGUUGGCAUCACACAUGAUGACUUUUGAUAUUUUUUUAUCAUCUAAGUUUGAUUGUCUUUCCUUGACCUCUUCCUCAGGUUGCUUUCUGGAGGAUUUUUACCCAGCGCCCUUUUACACACGAGCACUGGUACAGUCAAUCUCAGAGGGUACCUAAGGAGCUGCGCGCAUGUCUGUGUUUGUAUAUUAUCAUAUUUGUAUAAUGUAAUAUUUAAUGGUUACAUUUUUCUUCCCAUUAAACGUUAGCUCAGACUGUGGUGUGCUACUUAUAUAGCUCACAUUGUGGAGUAGUAUAACCUGUUUAAUUCCAGCCUCUAUGUUUUAUCUAUACAAAACAGAACAUUAGACAAAAACC